AUGGCGUUUGGUUUGAUCGGAAGAGUUGUUGGAACGAAGCCGUCGAGGUUAUCCACGGCGGCGCGAUUGAUUCCGGCGCGAUGGACAUCAUCAGGAUCAGAAGCACAAACGAAAGCUUCCACCGCCGGCGGCGUAGGACCGAAACUGAAGACGUUUCAGAUCUACCGAUGGAAUCCAGAUAAUCCCGGGAAGCCUGAGCUUCAGGAUUACCAGAUCGAUCUCAAGGAUUGUGGUCCAAUGGUUCUCGACGCUUUAAUCAAAAUUAAGAACGAGAUGGAUCCGUCGCUCACUUUCCGUCGCUCGUGCCGGGAAGGUAUCUGCGGCUCGUGCGCGAUGAACAUCGACGGAUGCAACGGUCUCGCUUGCUUGACGAAGAUCGAAUCUGGAUCGUCGGAGACGACAAUCACGCCGUUGCCGCAUAUGUUUGUGAUUAAGGAUCUGGUGGUGGACAUGACGAAUUUUUAUAAUCAGUACAAGAGUAUCGAGCCGUGGUUGAAGAGGAAGAAUCCAGCGUCUGUUCCUGGGAAGGAGAUUUUGCAGAGCAAGAAGGAUAGAGCUAAACUUGAUGGAAUGUAUGAAUGUAUCCUCUGCGCUUGCUGUAGCACUUCUUGCCCUAGCUAUUGGUGGAACCCUGAGUCUUAUCUUGGCCCAGCUGCUUUGCUCCAUGCCAACAGGUGGAUCAGUGAUAGCCGAGAUGAGUACACUAGUGAAAGACUCGAAGCCAUUAACGACGAGUUUAAGCUGUACCGAUGCCAUACAAUCUUGAACUGUGCUCGUGCAUGUCCAAAGGGAUUGAAUCCAGGGAAACAGAUAUCACACAUCAAGCAGCUUCAGCAAUCCGGUUGA